CGCUGAGAUUUGAAUUUUGCAAACGCUGUGCAGAAUGGAGCAUAUAUAAAGAAUCGCUCACAUCAGGGCGGCACUGUUCCCUUACACCUGCCGAUCGGUCUUUGCAAAAGGAGAAGAACAAGAAAGCAGCUUCACCAUGUCUUCCAAGAUCACCGCCUUGCUUAACCCCGCCGACAUCACCAAAGCCCUGGAACAGUGCGCUGCUGGUUUCCACCACAAGACCUUUUUCGCAACCAGUGGCCUCAGUAAGAAGACUGACGCCGAACUUGCCACAAUCUUCGGCGUCUUGGACGGAGAUAAGAGUGGAUACAUUGAGGUGGAUGAACUAAAAGACUUCCUGAAAUGUUUCUCUGCCGGUGCCCGUACUCUGAAUGAGAAGGAGACGAAUGAUUUUCUUGCUGCUGGAGAUAGUGAUCAUGAUGGCAAGAUCGGGGUUGAUGAGUUCAAGAUAAUGGCUAAACAAACUUAAAGAGAAGGCCACUCUCUCGGUAUCGAGCAGUUCCAACACUUUUAUUAACAUCUCACAUAGCAAGCACAUUUUUAUUUAUACAUUUUGAUACAGUUGAAUGGCAUUAAUAAAUGUCGAAAUGUCGUUUCCUUUGUUGAAACUUUUUACCAGAACAUUUUCUGUGGACGUUAAUUAAUAUUUAUUGUUUGAUGUCUUCGUUGUGGAAAGUGCCUCGAGACACCAAAUUCACAAAAUAAUAAAGAUCAUCACCACUUAAAAAAAA